AUGGCCGAGUCCCCCAGCUGCUGCUCUGCCUGGACCCGCUGCCUCCACUGCCUGUAUAGCUGCCACUGGAAGAAAAGCCCCAAAGAGAGGAUGCAAACCAGCAAGUGCGACUGCGUGUGGUUUGGCCUGCUCUUCCUCACCUUCCUCCUGUCCCUGGGCUGGCUGUACAUCGGGCUCAUCCUUCUCAAUGACCUCCACAACUUCAAUGAAUUCCUCUUUCGCCAUUGGGGACACUGGGUAGACUGGUCCCUAGUGUUGCUGCUGGUCAUCUCUCUACUGGCCACUUACGCGUCCCUGCUACUGCUCCUGGCCCUGUUCCUGCAGCUCUGCGGACAGCCCCUGCACCUGCAUUGUAUGCACAAGGUGCUAUUGUUUCUCGUCGUGUUUCUUGUGGUGGCUGGCCUUGUGGGCCUGGACAUUCAGUGGCGGCAGGAGUGGCAUAGCUUACGUCUGUCCCUGCAGGCCACAGCGCCAUUCCUUCACAUUGGAGCAGUCAUUGGAAUUACCCUCCUGGCCUGGCCUGUGGCUGAUACCUUCCACCGCAUGGACCGAAGAGGUCCCAAGAUUUUGCUACUGCUCCUGUUUUUGGGGGUCACCCUGGUCAUCUAUCUGGCACCCCUAUGCAUCUCCUCCCCCUGCAUCAUGGAAUCCAGUGACUUACCCCGCAAACCUGAACUGAUAGGACACCGAGGCGCCCCCAUGCUAGCCCCUGAGAACACUCUGAUGUCCCUGAGGAAGACAGCAGAAUGUGGAGCUACUGUGUUCGAGACAGAUGUGAUGGUCAGCUCCGACGGAGUCCCCUUCCUCAUGCAUGACGAGCACCUGAGCAGGACCACAGAUGUGGCCUCAGUAUUCCCAAGCCGAGUCACCGCCCACAGCAGUGACUUCUCCUGGGCUGAACUGCAGAGACUCAACGCUGGGGCCUGGUUCCUACAGAGGCAGCCAUUUUGGGGCACCAAGCAGCUGUCCGGUGCAGACCGCAAAGAGGCUGAGAACCAGACCGUGCCAGCACUGCAAGAACUAUUGAAGGCAGCAGCGGCCCUCAACCUCUCCAUCAUGUUUGACCUGCGCCGACCCCCACGGAAUCACACAUACUAUGACACAUUCGUCAAUCAGACCCUGGACACUGUGCUGAGCGCAAGCGUGCCCCAAGCCAUGGUCCUUUGGUUACCAGAUGAGGAUCGGGCUAAUGUCCAACAACGGGCACCCGGAAUGCGCCAGAUAUAUGGACACCGGGGAGGAGGCAACGGCACUGAGAAGCCCCAGUAUCUCAAUCUUCCUUAUCAAGAUCUGCCACUUUUGGACAUUAAGGCCCUGCACCAGGAUAACGUCUCCGUGAACCUGUUUGUAGUGAACAAGGCCUGGCUCUUCUCCCUGCUCUGGUGUGCAGGGGUGGAUUCGGUCACCACCAAUGACUGCCAGCUGUUGCAGCAGAUGCGUUACCCUGUCUGGCUUAUUUCCCCUCAGACCUACCUAAUGAUGUGGACCAUCACGAACUGCGUCUCCAUCCUGCUGUUUUUAUGUAUCUUCCACUUCCAAGUGAGGUGUGCUAAGGAGAGAGAGAGAACUGGCUUAGAAACAGCGGUGCUACUCACCGGAAUCAACAGUCUCACAAGGGAAUGAAUGGCCUGUCCCCACAGCUGUCACCUACUGGAGUCUGAGACCUGUGUGUACUGUUCAUGAACAAGGCAGAGAGAGUGGCUGACAUGGACUAUAUCCAGGAGCUACUGGGUCGAGGGUGGGGGUGUUUGCCAACAAGAGAACUGGAAGCACCAUCAGGUCUCUCCACCCCAAGAGCGGGCAUGCCCACAUGCUGCCACGGCAUCUGCUCCCUCUGGGGUUCUGACCUGAAGUGGCUGGGAAGACUGUAUGAGUCAUGAGCAGUUUCUCCUAACGCGCAGCCAGAAUGAGGAAGUAAAAGAGAGUAGUAUGUCAAGA